AUUAUACUAUAAUUUUAUUUUCAUUUUUCAGGACAUAAAAAAAAUGAUACGAGCAAUACAAAAGCAGUACAAGUUCUUAAAGUCUAACACUGUAGGGAUUGUUGGAGUUUCUGUAAAGGAGGGGCAAAAUUUACCAGGUGUAGAACUUGCCCCUGAAAAAAUUCGAAGUGGUGGACUUUUUGAAGUCAUAAAGAGUUUAAAUUGGGACUAUUCAGACAAAGGAGAUAUCAAAACCGAAAACAUUCAAAUACAAGAACGCCCAUCAAAGAUAUACAAGUUCAACAAUUUUAAGAAUGCAGAUAUUAUUGGUGCAGUUAACGAAAAGCUACACAACACAACUUCAGAGAUCGCUGAAUUAGGACAGUUUUGCAUUACUCUCGGAGGUGAUCAUGGAUGUGCAUCUGGAUCCAUUUCAGGGCUAAAGAAAGUUUAUAAAGAUUUAAAGGUGAUAUGGAUCGAUGCACACUCUGAUUGCAAUACUCCGGAGACUUCUCCGAGUGGAAAUUACCAUGGGAUGCCUGUUGCUCAUUUAUUUGGUUGGAUUCCUGACGGAAGUGUUCCUGGUUUUGAUUGGUUUAAAAGUUGCUUACAAAAAGAGGAUAUAGUCAUAAUUGGUUUAAGAGAUGUUGACAAAGAAGAAAAAGCUUUAAUAGGUAAACAUGGAAUUAAAUGCUUCACAAUGCAUGAUGUAGUCAAAUACGGAAUCGCAGGAGUGAUGGAGAAGACAUUCGAGUAUUUCAGAAAAGACGGAGUCGAUCACCCAAUUCAUAUUAGCUAUGAUGUAGACGGUAUUGAUCCUACAGUAGCUUACGGAACAGGAACAAAAGCUAGAGGUGGUUUAUUGUACAGAGAAGCUCACUAUAUAGUAAGAGAAGUUGUAAGUACUGGACUAUUUGUCAGUAUGGAUGUUGUUGAGGUAAAUCCUUUACUUGACAAAGAAAAAGAAUACUUUCAUGGAGAUAAUAAACUAAUUAAAGGCACAGAAACUGUUUGCUUGGCUAUUGAACUUUGUGCUUCAGCGCUUGGAGAUACUUUGCUAUAAAUGGUGUAACUUAAUAUAAAUAAACACAAUAAGAUAUUAUAAGAUUAGGUGAUUUAAAAAACAAAUAAAGUAAAACAAA